AUACGCAAGCUCCCCGAAAAACGUCGAUAAGCACGCGAUUUCCCCGUUAGGUCCAAAACACCAUCGGAAUCACCAACGGGGAAAAUUGGACCACGGUGCUGGCCCGCGAGUAUCAACCAUCGGCUGAUUCAACUUCUAAAUCAAGUUAUACAAAUGAUAACUAUAAUUUUGAUGGUGCUGUACAUGGGGUUUUCUAAUGGGCUCCGCGGACCUCAUCAUCCCCGCAGCGCCGUCUCCCAUCAUCACUACGCUCCGCAAAAGGACGUUAAAAUUACGCAAGAUACGAACCUCUUGCAGGACGCAACUCAUUUGAAGGAGGACAUGGGAGACGUGGCAGACCAAUUGGAUUUUUCGAACAUGACCGAACAGGAAAUAGAAUUCCAUUACUUCAAAGUCCACGAUGUUGACAACAAUGCGAAAUUGGAUGGACUAGAAAUUCUCCAUGCUAUUCAACACACAUUUCAUGAAAAUAGAUUAUCUGAAGCUGAACAGAUAACUUUGAGCGAAGAGACAAGACAAAUUUUGAAAGAUGAUCUACCAGAUAUUAUUGAAUUAGUAGACAGGGUGUUCAAAGAGGACGAUUUGGAUAACGAUGGGUACCUUGGGUACAUUGAAUACGUCCUAGGAAGGCAAAGGGAUCACAUCGCACAAACAAAGAGGGACGACAAUCUUCGACUUGGAAAAUAAAAUUAAAAAGGAACGACAGAUCCUAAUUAAUGAUAAAAAUUAAUAUUUUACAAUCA